AUGUUGUUACUCACAUGCGAAUUUAAAUUAUCUAACGGCAGUUAUUUUUCUCACAUUGUGGAGUCUUCUUGCGUCUCUGUAACUUCGAUCGGAGAUAAUGACUUGAACAGAAACCUUCAAGAUCUUUAUGAAUGUGGAUUAUUAUCUGACGUUACUGUAGUAGCUGAUUCCAGAAGAUUUUCCGUGCACAAAUUUAUUCUGUGUUCUCAGUCUUCGGUGUUUACCCGAAUGUUCCAAACCGAAAUGAUAGAAUCGAGAACCAACCAGGUCGAGAUUUCUGAUGUGGAUCCUCAUAUUAUACAUGAGAUGCUUCUUUUUCUGUAUACAGGAAAUCUGGGAACACUAUGUGAAGAAAGUGCUAUGCAGCUGUACACAGCGGCUGAUAAAUAUGACGUUGAUGCUCUGAAGAAAAAGUGUUCGUCCUUUCUCAAAUCCAAUAUUACUGAGGAAAAUGUGCGCAAAAUUCUCCAGUUAGCUGAAAUGCAUAGCGAUGAUGAUUUGUAUCAAACAAUUCAGCUGGAAUUUUUUUCUGCUCAUGCAGAAGAAUGUGCACAAACGAUCGAUAAUUAA